AUGGCUGUUUCCCCAAGCACUGUAGUGGCUAUGGCAUCAAUACUAUCCAUUUUUGUCUUCUGUUUUCCUACUAUUGUUCACUCUGCAUCCUUCAGACAAAUCUUCUUGCCGCCAACAGACUUUGGUCCUGAGUCCCUUGCCUUCGAACCUCUUGGCGGAGCAUUCUAUACCGGUGCUAAUGAUGGCCAUAUUCUUAGAUAUCAACCACCUACUGGCUGGACAAAUUUUGCCAUUACGUCACCAAACUGGUCUGCAACAUUUUGUGGUGGCACCACUGAUCCUGAUAAAGGACCUAUCUGCGGAAGGCCUAUGGGUUUGGCAUAUAAUCCUACCAAAAGAUUGCUCUACAUAGCGGAUGCUUAUUAUGGACUCUUAGUUGCUGACUCAAAUGGGAGACUUGCUAAACAAAUAGCCACUGGUGCUGAAGGGCAACCUUUAAUUGCUUGCAAUGGUUUGGACAUGGAUCCUAACACAGGAAACAUCUAUUUUACAGAUGCUAGUGCUGUCUACGAUCUAAGGAAUUCCUCGAAAGCUGCUCUUGCUAAUGACUCAACAGGAAGGUUAUUGAAAUAUGAUGUGGGGACUAAUCAAGUCACCGUCUUAUUGAGAAAUCUUUCAGUAGCAGUUGGGGCUGCAGUUAGUAAAGACGGUAGGUUCGUCCUUGUCUCAGAGUUUCUUGGUAAUAGGAUUCGAAGAUAUUGGCUCACGGGACAGAAUGCCGGUACUUCAGAUAUUUUCUUAAGCUCCAUUAACAUUGUGAGGCCAAAUAACAUUAAGAGAACUGCAUUGGGUGAUUUCUGGAUUGCAGCUGCAACUGUAAUUCAAGGUACCCAAGCAUUAGUGCCCAUAAGAGUUAGGGUUGAUGCAUUUGGUAGAAUUUCGGAAACUGUAUCUCUCGAGGCACAAUAUGGCAGCACUCUUAUAAGUGAAGUUCAAGAGUCUGGUUUGGCAUUAUAUGUCAGCUCAAGGAAUGCCGGUUUUAUUGGUGUUUUUACUCCUUAG